AUGUGGCUGGCGAAAGUGGGCGGGUCAGGUCCGGCGCCCCCAACUUCGGACCAGUUACACAAUGGCUCGCAACUCAUCUUCGCUUUCUCUCCAACCCAGAACAAAUGUGUAGCGGACCUUCCAGCCGGCAGAUUUGACUUUUGUCGAGUGUCAACAAAGGAGCAAGAGAAAGUAGGAGAAAGACCAAUAAAGAGUUGCUCACAGAAGAUGAUCAUUCAAUACCUCAUGAUAUUAUAG